AUGUGUAUAUUCCAAAACAAUCAAGGAGGAGUGAUUACUUUGCAGAUGGAAGAGGAUCGUCUCGGUAUGUCGAUAACCGGCGAUGUGGCAGAAAUCGAGAAAAACGGGAAAGGCCUAAUUGGAAUAUCAAUUGGAGGAGGUGCUCCGUACUGCCCCUGCAUCUAUGUGGUACAGGUUUCCGAGGAUUCACCGGUUGCCAGAGAUGGACGCAUUCAAGCAGGGGAUGAAAUCGUGAGCGUGAACGGCAUACUCGUGAAAGGCGAGAAGAAAACCGCGGUGGCGGCGAUGAUUCAACGAUCCGACGGACGCGUUAAGAUUGGAUUCAAUGUUUUACAUGCCGAACCGAAACAGGGACAUACCCUGGAUAUUGCACUGAAGAAGAUGAAGCAUCGAGUGGUGGAAUCGAUGACUGCCGAGACUGCUGAUGCACUAGGCCUCUCCAGAGCAAUCAUUUGUAACGACCUGCUGCUCCGGAAACUUAGUCGUCUCGAACAUAGCGCGCAGUUGUACCGAAAACUGAUCAAACAUCUCGGCGAAUUGCUUAGCUGUCAUUAUCGCGUCGCCAGGACGCAAAAGGAUUUUGGUGAUCUGUUCUGUGAAAUAGCUGCUCGUGAAAGCUCAGCAGCAGCAAAUGCAGCAUUGACAACGUUCGGGGAAGCACAUCGAGCUCUCGAGAAACACACUGUCAAGUCAGUUUUUCUUAUAUCUUGA